AUGAGUUGAGAAUCAUUCUGCAGUUUCUGAUUAUGUGGCACGACAUGGACGUUCGAUCUACUGGACGGCUAAGAUUAAAAACAUCACAAGGGUGUAGCCCCGGACCCUGCGGCUGUUCCGGGAUGCUCAAGCACGCGCUGCGGUACGCGCUUUUCUCUUCCCAGAUAAUGGCGCAUCCGAACGUCCUGAUCCGAUCCAACACCCGAUUCUCCUACGCCGUCGUCAACCCUUCGCACCAACUGAAACCCUUUCCUCUUCAUCGACCCCUAACCAUGUCGACAUCUCAGGGAAAAUCCAAGAGACCCAUCUGCCCAUCCUGUUCUAAACCCACCCGCACAUGCCUUUGCUCUCGGAUUCUGACCCCCGGCAUCGAAAAUUCGGUAAGCGUAACCAUUCUGCAACACUCGCUAGAGAGUAAGCACCCUCUUAAUUCUACUAGGAUUGCCAGACUAGGUCUCAGGAAUCUCAAUGUAGCGACUGUUUCAGAUGUUAAUUUCGAAGCUCGGUUCGUAAUUCGGUUGAUGAAACCUGGUUCUGAGUCGGGUUUGGUUAGAAAUGGUUCAGAUAGUUUGGUUUUUCAUCCAUCUUCGGAAAUUGGAGAAUCCCAGAAAUCAGUGGGUGAAAAUGUUAGUGCAUCCGAUUCCAGAAAAGAAAGUGAAACUGGAAACUUAUCCUUCAGUGCUGGAAAAUGUAGUUUGAAAAAUGAUAUUGAGACCGUGAAAAGCUCUCUUGUUUGUACUUUAGGUGUAACUCAUAUGGUUGAUUCAAAGUUAAGUGCCAAUAAUUGUGUAGAGAUGAAUGAUAAUGCUCAGAUAGAUGACAAUACUGGGGAGCCUGCUAUUACUAUUGUUAUUGGUAAAUAUGGUGUCAUUAAUUCUGUGUCUCAUAUAUGGAGGUCUCUAACUCAACGCCAGGAGCCAAGCUUUAUUAACAUAUUGUCUUUUCCUGAAGCUUGUGCAGCACUCUCAAAAGGGUUCUCGGUGAAGAAGUUGCAGAGGAGAAAGUUAGAGGGAAGCAUGAAUCUGCAAGAUGACGAAGAAUGUGAAUUUGAGCUUGAGGUACCACCUGGAUCAGUACUACUAUUUCCUUCUGAAAAAGCUGUUGAUAUCACUGACCUUGAUGCCAUUGAUUUUGAGAUAAAGAAUUUGAUUGUCUUAGAUGGAACAUGGGCUAAGGCAAAAAGAGUCUACAGUGAAAACCCAUGGUUGAACAUUUUGCCCCAUAUAAAGCUGAAGGCGACCAAGAUGAGCUUGUAUAGUGAAGUAAGGCGUGAGCCUAAAGAUGGUUACUUGUCCACCAUUGAGAGCAUUGUGCAUGCGUUGAAGGCAUUUGGGGAGAAUCAUGGGGCCUUGGAUAAUCUUUUGGAAGCUUUUGAAUCCAUGGUUGGAUAUCAGAGGCGGUUUAAAGAGGAGAGGCUCACCAGACAAGAUCAAGUUUGAAACCUUUUCUUUCUCAGAAGCACACAGAUAUAUGAGACGACACAAACAAAAUAUAGUGUCCUGAUACAAUUUCGAGUGGUAUGCCAUAUUCAAUGACUGUUCUGUCAAAACCAUCAUCUAUUUGACUAAUAAAACAAUUCAGCUCCAUAUUUUUACAUAAUGGUGCUUCAUA